AUGUUUCGCGCACAAUCAAACAUCUUCGACGAUGUUGUCGUGAAAGCGACAGAUGAAAAUCUCACAAGUGAGAACUGGGAAUACAUACUGGAUGUAUGCGACAAAGUCGGAUCGUCCGACACGGGCGCCAAAGAUGCCGUCGCCGCCAUGAUUAGGCGGUUAGCACACCGAAACGCGAACGUACAACUAUAUACCCUCGAGCUCGCCAACGCUCUUAGCCAGAACUGCGGAAUUCAAAUGCACAAGGAGCUUGCGUCGCGGAGCUUUACAGAGGCGCUGUUGAGACUUGCCAAUGAUCGGAACACACACCAGCAGGUCAAGGCGAAGAUACUGGAGCGCAUGGCCGAGUGGACCAACAUGUUCGCUAGCGAUCCCGACCUGGGAAUCAUGUCUGGCGCCUAUCAGAAGCUCAAGUCACAAAACCCCAACCUCCGAGCGCCCUCCAAGCCACAAAAGACGCAGAUCUCCGACGUCGACCGCCAAAAGGAAGAAGAGGAGCUACAGAUGGCGCUUGCAAUGUCGAUACGAGAGUCCAAAGGUGCCGCGCCGACGGCUGCCAAGUCCAAUACCCCUCAGCAGGGCGGAUCUGCUCCCAGCGCUCAGCCCGAACAGCCUUCUCAACCCCUACCGUCAGGCACAACUGCGGCAACCGUCUCACGUGUGCGAGCCCUCUUCGACUUUCAGCCGUCGGAGCCCGGUGAACUACAGUUUCGCAAGGGCGACAUCAUCGCGGUCCUCGAAUCAGUGUACAAGGAUUGGUGGAAGGGAUCGCUACGUGGGCAGACAGGUAUCUUCCCGCUCAACUACGUGGAGAAGCUGCAGGAUCCGACACGUGAAGAGCUAGAGAGGGAAGCACAAAACGAGGCUGAGGUCUUUGCACAAAUAAGGAACGUGGAGAAGUUGCUAGCACUCCUGAGCACUAGCUCACAGCCAGGUGGUGGUGAUGCGCGAGACAACGAGGAGAUCACAGAGCUAUACCACUCGACGCUAGCUAUCCGACCGAAACUGAUUGAACUUAUUGGAAAGUACUCGCAGAAGAAGGAUGACUUUACACAGUUGAACGAGAAGUUCAUCAAGGCUCGCCGAGACUACGAAGCCAUGCUGGAAGCAUCCAUGUCCCAACCCCAACAACCUGCAUACGGUGGCCGUCCUGGAUAUGGCGCCUAUAACGCACCACCUCCCUCGAACUACCAAGGAUACCCACCUGUAUCCUCUACACCGCAGCAAGAUCCGAAUCGCUUCGGCUAUGGCGCACCCCAGCAACAUGGACCCCCUUCGCAAGUUCCACCCCCAGGCUCAAGCCCUGCGUUCUUCAUGGUUCCUCCUGGCGAACAGCGGACACAGCAGACUCCGAAGCCAGGACCACCAUCGGAUCCCUAUACGCUACCACCAGGGAGAGUACCAGUAGGAGGGCGGCCGCAAAGCUACGCACCUCAAGAGCUAGCGACCAGCCAAUACGACUCACCUGUAGACAACCGUCAAUCUUUCCACGCUCCUAGUCAGCCACCUCAAGGCUACGAACAAGGCGGUUACCCACCACAGCAAGGACCUCCGCAGGGACCAGCACAAGGGCAGCAGAACCCGUACGAACAAUUGUCCUCCCCGCCUCCACAACAAAUCCCACAAGAUCAACAGCCUCCGUCGGAUCCAUACUCGCAACAGCCGCCUCAACAAGGUUAUGGUUACCCACCAUCACAACCUGGAUACGCACCACCUGCACCACCUGGUGCUGCCUCUAGCCCCGCGCCACCUGCCCAAGGUUAUCUGGCAUAUCGCCCUGGAGGACAAGCUCCGAGCGCGCCACCCGUGGGAGGAGAUGAUGCUUCUGGUUUCUACCGAUAG